AUGACAGAAGCAUGGAUCAUCGACGCAGCCCGCACCCCUCGCGGUAUCGGUAAACAGGGCAAAGGCGCGCUGUGGGAAAUACACCCCCAGAAACUGUUAUCAACGGUGCUUAAAGCCCUGGCGGAACGCAAUAAUCUGAACACCGCUGAAAUAGACGACGUCAUCAUCAGCUGCAGCAGCCAGAUAAAGAAACAGGGCGCCUGUAUCGGACGCAUGUCCGCCCUGGAUGCAGGUUAUUCAAUCAAAGCAUCCGGUGUCACCCUGGACAGAUUCUGUGGUGGCGGCAUCAGUGCGGUCAACAUGGCUGCAGCCAGCAUCAUGAGUGGCAUGGAAGACCUGGUUGUUGCGGGUGGGGUAGAAAUGAUGUCGUACACUUCCGCCGAGGGUAUCCCCAUGCCACUGGAUGCCGGCAACGUAGAUCUGCGUAAUGCACAUCCACAAACCAAUGUCGGUAUUGCUGCUGACAUCAUCGCCACCGAAGAAGGUUUCAGUCGCACUGAGCUCGAUGCUUUCUCCGCCGAAAGCCAGCGUCGUGCCGGGGCUGCACUGGAAUCAGGUGCUUUCAGCAAAAGUCUGACACCCGUGUUCCGCCCUGAUGGCACAUUGGCCCUGGACAACGAAGAGUAUCCACGACCACAAACCACAGCAGAAAGCCUUGCAGGUUUAGAGCCUGUAUUCGGUCGUUUCAUGGAUUUACCGUUUUUCGACUCAGGUCUUACUUUCCGGGAAAUGGUGGCUAAAAAGUGGAGUCACCUGGAUAUUCAGCAUGUGCAUCAUGCAGGUAGCUCAUCAGGUGUUGUUGACGGCGCCGGCGCCCUGGUUCUGGCUUCGCCAGAGUACGCCAAGGCUAACGGCUUAAAGCCUCGUGCCAGAAUCAAAGCUAUGGCAAAUAUGGGUCAUUCACCGGAAUACAUCUUGAAUGCGCCCGUUGAUGCGGCGAAGAAGGUGCUGGGCAAAGCAGGCAUGACCCUGAACGACAUCGACCUGUUUGAGGUCAACGAGGCGUUUGCGGUUGUACCGGUUAAAUUCAUGCGCGACCUGGACGUCGAUCACGCCAAGCUCAAUGUAAAUGGCGGCGCAAUCGCGCUGGGGCAUCCCAUUGGCGCCACUGGCUCAAUGCUGAUCGGUACGGCUCUGGACGAACUCGAACGUCGGGGUGAUAACACCGCCCUUAUCACAAUGUGCGCAGCCGGCGGCAUGGCACCUGCAGUGAUCAUCGAGCGGAUGUAA